GAAAAGCCUCGCACUGACCUGAAAAGUCCGGAGUCCACUUAUCUUCAACAUCUGUCGUGAUGAUCGAGGUAGUUGUUUUUUCUUCGGCUUUUAGUUCGUUGCUGCGUUCGUCAGCUUGAGCGGCCCUGCAGUGACAAGGAGCAGUUGUAUUUGUAAGGUCAAGUAGCAUCUAGUCAAUAAUACAUGUCAUAAAUGGCCUCCUUAGCAUCCUUGCGAGGCGUAGACCCGGCCAUAGACGGAGCAAGCUGCACCGUGAUCCCGCCCAUAUUGGCAACCGCCAGCCAAAGCAGUCCCAGUCUCCCGAGUACAAGUGAGCCCAGCGUCCUGUUUCUAUCAAAUGUAAAAAUGUCUAGGUCUGGAAGCUUGCCAGGUUUGUCUUGCAUAUUUUGGAAGACUCAUGAUGUCUGAUGUCUGUGAUGCAUGCUCUAGCAUGACAGAUGUUUAGAGGCCUUUGUGAUGCCUCUACCGCAUGAGAACUGCCCUCUCCGGGUAGCACAAACUGGAGUUCCUUCGCCGGUCAUGCAAUGCAAAUUUUUUUAGAAUCCAGAGACAGCAUCACAAGUUCAGAAUCUUCCAGACCCAUCCACUUUUGCACUUGAUAGCUUCGCCUCCCGCCCGAAAUGGUGGACGGCGAACCAGAGGAACUCUUGGUGAAUUCCCGCAUGACGGCACCGGUAGCGCUUUGUGGGCCGGCGCCCGGUAGCAACGAAGAACGCGAAUCUGCAGCCAGGAUCAUUGAUUUCCAUAGAGGGCGGCUGUCUGCUGGAGUAGAAGCUGUAGCCGGAGUUGUGCAGCCCGUUCCUGAUGUUGACCGACCUAGUGAAUUUUCCACGGGAUUUGAUGCGGAGCAUGGGGCAGCUGGGGAAGAUGAUUUUCCUGCGCAAGUUGGCGUGAAGGGGCAGCUGCCAAUAUCUUCUCUUUUUGUCAAGAACACAAAAUUUUUGACGGGUGAAUCUUCUAGCGGUAGUACUAGAAGAUCAUCAAUGUGGUGCUGUAUCCGGUAAAGCUGCACUGUCAUCGAUUUGAUAUCUUUAAAACCACGCGGGCAAAGAGGAACGUCCUCUAGGUUUUUGUCCACCAUCAAGAUCGUACCAUAUUCCAUCAGUGAGCCCUGUUUUAGUUCGAGCUUUAUGUGACG